AUGACUAAUGCUGCUGGAAUGGAAGUCCUCAAUCAGCCAUUACACGGGAUUGUAAUUCCAAGUGGCCUUUUCAUAGUUGGGCUCGCCGUGAUUGCUUGGUCCGUUGGUGAUGCGAGGUAUAUGUUGGGAUUGACAAUUCUUAUUAUUUUCCUAACCUUCAGACUUGGUAUUGCAUAUUCAAAUAGGAGAUCAGUCUUAGCUAACAAGUGGACUCCAUUGGAGUUAGAAGAGCAAACUUUGAUCACUAGGAAUGCCGCGAUUUACCGUUUUAAGUUAAAAAACAGCUCUGAAACGUUAGAUAUUGCAACUGGGUUCCACCUCGCAGUUAAGGUUACAGUUGACAACCAAGAGGAGAUCAGAUAUUAUACGCCUAUUUCAAAUAAAUUUGCAAACGGUUACUUUGAUAUAAUCGUUAAAUCAUAUGUCGAUGGUAAAGUGUCAAAAUGGUUUGCGAGCUUAAAGCCAGGGCAGUGUGUGGAGUUUAAAGGACCCGUUGGAAGGUUUAGUUACGUCACAAACUCUUUCAAGAGAAUCGGUAUGGUUACUGGUGGGUCAGCUAUCACUCCAAUGUUAAGUGUGCUUAAUAAAAUUGUUACCACGCCUGAGGAUACUACUAAGGUUAGCUUAAUCUAUGCUAACGAGACUGAAAACGACAUUAUGCUAAAAGAAGAAUUGGAUGAACUCGCCAAGAAGUAUCCCAACUUUGAAGUACACUAUGUAUUAUCUAAGCCAAGGGGAAGUUGGAAUGGGGAUAUUGGGCAUGUUACCAAGGAGCAUAUGCAAAACUACCUCCCACCACCUGCUGCCGAAAACAGACUAUUGAUAUGUGGACCUCCUAAAAUGAAGCAAAUGUUACUAAGUUAUGCGAGCGAAUUAGGAUGGCCCAAAGGUGUCUUGAAUUCCAAACCUGAUGACCAAGUAUUUGUAUUUUGA